CGUUGGGACUUUUACGGGAGCGGAAGCCGGAAGUAGAGUCCAUCGGCGGCGGCGGUGUUCUGGAAGCUAGCGAACGGAUUGAAAUGGGUUUUUGAACGCGAACGGAACACCAUGAGCUCGUAUUUGAUGCUGUUUCUGCUGCUGCUGGACAUUAACUCCCAGUGUGUGAUCGCGUAUCUGAGCUCUCCUCACGUGGGUCAGGAGCCGCCGUACACAGCGCAGCAGAGUCCGGUGAUGAGCAGUCCGGUGGCACUGACCGCUUCCUCCACUGCUCCGGUGGUGACCGAUAGCUACCUGUCCAGGUGUCCCAGCGGCAGUCAGUGCUCCAGACUCCCGGCCGACUGCAUCAUCUGCGCAUUUCAUCACAACUGCAGCUACGGCCGGCCGGCUAACUUCACCUGCAGAGCCAGAGCCGGCGUUCACUGUGUGAACGAGCAGGGUCAGCCGCAGCAGAACUUCACGCUGACGCUGGACUGUCGCUUCUGUUGGCAGCUGGACGCGUCGCAGUAUCGCUGCUCAAACUCCACCAGCUGCAUGACUGUGUCCUGUCCCCGCAGACGCUAUAACGCCAGCUGCGAAGCUCUGGAGCACGUGCACUGCCUCGGCAAGCGGGUGUUUCAGAAGCGUCUGUUCUGUAACUGGACGGGAGGAUAUAAGUGGUCCACGGCUCUGGCCCUCAGCAUCUCUCUGGGCGGCUUCGGUGCGGACCGCUUCUAUCUGGGCCAGUGGAGGGAAGGUCUGGGGAAGCUCUUCAGCUUCGGAGGCCUGGGCAUCUGGACGCUGAUCGACGUGCUGCUGAUCGGCGUGGGAUACGUGGGGCCGGCCGACGGCUCUCUCUACAUCUGAGGUUCGGAUGGCGUGACUGUGACUCCUCCAUCCCAGAUUUCCAGCCCGAUUCGCACGUGUCUCGUCCAAACUCCCACUGCGGCAGAUUCCCAUCUGCUCCCGAUGCGUCCCUGCCUUCAGCAGCACGUCUGACUAACGCCGUCGGAGGAAGAGCGCGAUGAAGACGCUUCACGGUUCGGAGUCUAAAACAUGUACAAUAUGUAUCUAAACUCAUCUGUGUGCGUGUAAUAUUACUGCUGUGUGUAUAUAUGAUUCACUGGUGAUUUCUGAUUAAAACUCUGUCAGGUUGAUGAUGAUCGUCACCUGUGUUUGGCUUUAUGUCUUUAUAUAUAUAUAUAUAUUCCUCACAGAUUCAGCAAGACGAGACACUGCAGGUGAAAAUAUGAAGAUAAAGUCAGGUUCAAAAUUCCUGUUUGGAUUUCUGCUGUCAAACAAUUAAUCGCAUCCAAAAUAAAAGUUUUUGUUUACAUAAUGUGUGUGUGUAAUGUAUAUAUUUAUGUAAAUGUAAAUGCACACACAUAUUUAGAAAAUAUUUACAUGUAUAUAUUUGUAUUCAUAUAAUUGGUAUUAUAUAUUUAAUAUAUAAACAACAUAUUUUGCAUACGUGUGUGUAUUUACACAGUAUAUGCAUAAUAAAUAUACACAGUACACACUCAUAUAUUAUGCAAUUUGUGAUUAAUACUAGUUUAUAUUAAAGGUUUUAAUCUGAGGGGUUUAUGUUUUUAUCACUCCAUAAAUCAGAAAAUUGUGAAAGCUUGUUUCUGCCACGGCAUAAAAAAAUUAAAUAGGUAAUAGUGACUUUUUAAAUCACAAUUCAGACAUUUGUCUCGCAAUUCUGUGUUUAUAUCUAACAAUCGUGCGAAGAAAAGUCAGAAGUGCGAGAUGCAAACUCAGAAAUGUGAAACGCAAACUUGCAAUUGUGAGAAUUUGCAAUUACCUUUUUUAUUCCAUGGCAGAAACAAAAAAAGUAUAAUUUCUGAGUUUAUUUCUUGCAAUUGUUUGUAUCCUUUUUGCAAGAAUUGCAUGAAAAAAAUUCAAAUUGUGAAAUAAAAAGUCGCAAUUGCCUUUAUUUCUUAUUCUGUGGCAGAAAACACGCUUCCAUAGAAAAUACUGUAAAUGGACACAUUUUCACCAUGCUUUUAGGAAUAAAAUGUGUAAAUCAGUGUAAAUGAAAUCUGAACAAACCUUCAGAAUACAGAGAGGAAUGAAACUCUAAAGUUUGCUGUAUGUAAGAGAAAAAACUAGAUGCAAAUAGAUAAAGUGGAAUUAAGUAAUAAAAUCAAUUAAAUGUG